AUUUUUAGUUUUUGUAUAUAGUUAUAGUUUUUUAGUUAAUUUCGAUGUUAGAUGUCAAUUACGCUUUAUUUGAUUUUUGAGCGCAUUUCCACAUGUGCGUGUAGGCGAAGUGAGACAAAUUCUGAGCUAGCAGAUAGGCACUUGAAUUGGUACAACUUGAUACACUCUACUUUUUUUACGUCUGCCAAGCCGGUUGAAGAACUAAGAUUAUAAAACAGUCCAGAAAAAAAUCUUUAGAAAAAUUUAAUUAAAAAAAUGUCAAAUUUUCACCGACGUUGAAGAAAAUCUCAAAGUUUGCAAAAGUUGAAAUUACGUGAUCUGUCAAUCUUUUCAAGAGAAAAAAAUGGCUAAUGUUUUUGGAGGUACAAUGUUUGCCAGAGUUACUUUUUAUCCCACAUUGCUGUACAAUAUUUUUAUGGAAAAAGUGUCUACCCGACGAUGGUACGAUCGCAUUGAUGAAACUGUCAUUUUGGGAGCUCUCCCAUUUAGAACCAUGACCAAACAGUUAGUCCAAGAAGAAAACGUCAAAGGAGUCGUCUCAAUGAAUGAAGAUUACGAAUUAUGGUGGCUUUCAAACUCGGGAGAGGAAUGGAAAAAACACAACGUAAAAUUUUUGCAACUAUCAACGACCGAUAUAUUUGAAACACCUUGCCCAGAAAAAUUAGUUAGAGGCGUAAAUUUCAUCAAUGAAUUUAGAAAUAUGAAAACAAAUCAAGUUAAUGAAAAAAAUCCUACAGUUUACGUCCAUUGUAAAGCAGGUAGAACUCGAAGUGCUACACUUGUUGGAUGUUACUUAAUGAUGAAAAAUGGUUGGACUCCUGAAGAGGCAGUUGACUUUAUGCGCGAAAAACGACAACAUAUUCUGCUUCACAAAGCUCAGUGGCAGGCUUUGAGGAUAUUUUAUAACAAUCAAAUUUCUUCGAAAAAAUCGUAGUACAUAAGAUUAUGCACAGUUAUGUACAGAAUUAUCAGUCUACCUAUGUACAGUAUCCAAUUAAUUUGUUGCUCUGCAUAUAUUAUGUUUUUAGAACAAAUAUUUGUAACAUAUAUUAAACAAAGUCUAUUAACAGUUUUUAACAAAA